AUGGAAGUGAGGAUACCACGUGAGGGUGAAAUAGUAUUAGUCAAUGAACCGGUAGUCCCUCGUGCUAGAACGAGAAGUGCUGUUAAGCGUCAACUAAAACAAGGAAAUUCAAGUAAGUCUCGUCGUAUAAUAACAAAUUUGGUUUUAUUGGCAGUAAUGUGUAUUGUGGAAACCCGAGCAUCUCAAGAUAAAAAAUGGAUGUUAAAAAGUGAUCCAACUCUAGCAGCAAAGCUAUUGCUUCAAAGAAAUGACGUGAUAGCUAAAAGUAUCAAAGGUGAAGUAUUGGUUGCUCCUUGUAACGCAGGAAGGGUCGAAAGACCUUUGGUGGAAUUCAGUGUAAGUCUAACAAAUCAAUUUGAAAUUGAACGUAUCAACACUGAAUUACAAGUAUUAGAGCAACGAGUAGAGAUACUCAAUCCCGCUCCAAUCAAAUCAAUCCCACAGCGGAUUUGA